AUGUCCAUCAAACCCGCAUCAAAACGACCAUGGUCACUUCGGCUCAAACUCCUUCUCGGCGGCCUCGCUGCUAUCAUAAUUCUCGGACUGGCGCUCGGACUGGGUCUAGGCCUAACAAUCGGACAAAACGGCGACGAUGACGAUGGAGAUUCUAAUAAUCCUCCAACGUCAACCCGCUCUCCAUUACCGUCACCAAAUACCACUCUGCCCUGGGUGCCAAGGGUGAAUGAUACAUGGCAAAUUAUCCUCUCGCAUCCGCCGCUGCUCUCAUCCAACGACAAGGCUACCACGCCUAAUGUGUCUAUCUUUGAUAUCGACCUGUUCGACACGCCUACUGAGACUAUUAAACAGCUGCACGAUCUCGGCAAGAAAGUGAUAUGCUAUUUCAGCGCAGGAAGCUAUGAGGAGUGGCGGCCUGACGCCGGGCAAUUUCAACCAGCAGAUCUAGGGAAAAACUUGGACGGAUGGCCUGGGGAGAAAUGGCUGAAAGUAGGGAACGAGAACGUACGCAGAAUCAUGAAGAGUAGGGUGGAAAUGGCGAAGGAGAAAGGAUGUGAUGGUGUGGAUCCGGACAAUGUGGAUGGAUAUCAAAACAAGAAUGGUCUAUCUCUCACCCAAGACGAUGCUAUAGAAUAUCUAUCUUACCUCUCCUCCAUCGCAAGGCCCCUGAAUCUCACUCUCGGCCUCAAAAACGCGGGCGAUAUCAUUCCCGUAGUUCUUCCCGUCGUGGAGUUCUCUGUUAAUGAGCAAUGCGUCGAGUACGGCGAAUGCGAUACCUUCCAACCCUUUAUUGAAGACGGCAAGCCUGUGUUUAACAUCGAAUAUCCGAAGGGCGCUGGAGAGGGUGAAGCGCAGACACACGGACUAAAAGAUGAUGUUAUGGAAAAAUUCUGUGAGAGGAGUGGUGGUGCGGCGGCGAGUGCAGGGUUCAGUACGGUGUUGAAGCAGAUGGAGCUGGGCGGAUGGGUGGAAUAUUGUGAUGGAAAAGUAGAAGUCACGGCUGUGAACGCGACAGUUGGGAAUCGUGGUCAAUCAAGGUGA